AACCUUUGUGGAUAUAUAUAAUCAUGAAGAUCGUUACGAUUGAAUAUUUCCGCCUCCCGCCUCGAUGGCUCUUCGUCAAAAUCACCGAUGAGGCCGGCAACGCAGGGUAAGUAAAUUAUUGAACAAUUUAAUUUUUCCAUUCCAUGCCUAUUCUAACACCUUCCUUGUCCUCGACGGAGAGAUGGGGCGAAGCCUCCCUAGAAGGCCACACCGAAGCCGUCGAAGGCUGCCUGGCGGCUUUCCGCGCGCGCUUCGUCGGUCUCGACGCCGACGACAUCGAACACAUCUGGCAACUCGGCUACCGCGGGGGGUUCUACCGCGGAGGGCCCGUUCUGAUGAGCGCCCUCAGCGGCAUCGAUAUCGCCCUCUGGGACUUGAAGGCCCGGCGUCUCCAUCUUCCGAUUUACGAACUGCUCGGCGGGAAAGUCCGUGAUCGCCUCCAGGUUUACGCGUGGAUCGGGGGCGAUCGGCCGGCGGAUGUCCUCGCGCAAGCCACCGCCCGUCAAGCGCAGGGUUUCGGCGCCGUGAAAAUGAACGCCACCGAAGACCUCGGCUGGCUGACCUCUCCCACGCAGCUCGAUGCCUGCGUGGCGCGGGUGCGCACCGUGCGCGCGCUGGGCAUGGACGUGGCGGUGGACUUCCACGGCCGCGUGCACAAGCCCAUGGCCAAGCAACUCGCGAAACUCCUGGAGCCCGAACGGCCGCUCUUCCUCGAGGAGCCGCUCCUCAGCGAGAACAUCGAGGGCAUCGCGGAGGUCUCCCGCCACGUCAGCACGCCGAUCGCGCUGGGCGAACGGCUGCACAGCCGCUGGGACGUGAAACCUUUCCUGGAGGCGCGUUGCGUGGAUGUGCUGCAGCCGGACAUUGCGCACUGCGGGGGAAUCUCGGAGGUGUUCCGCAUCGCGAAGAUGGCGGAGGCGUACGAUGUCGCGCUCGCGCCGCAUUGCCCCCUGGGCCCGAUCGCGCUCGCGGCGAGCGUGCAGGUGGAUGCCGUGUGUGCGAAUUUCGCCAUCCAGGAGAUGAGUCUGGGCAUCCACUACAACGUUGGCGGCGCGGACCUGAAGAGUUACACCAAGAAUCCGGAGAUAUGGGAUGUGCUCCCUGGAGGGGUCAUUCGACUCAUGGAUGGUCCUGGGUUGGGCAUUAAGAUUGAUGAGGAGCAGGUGCGCGCUGUGGCGGCGAGUGGCACGGUCGAGGCGUGGAGGAGUCCAAUAUUCUUCGGGGCGAACAGGGAGAUUCGCGAGUGGUAGUUGGAGUAGGCAUGGAAGUUGCGGAGACGCUAACUGGAAAACGGUCCGCGGAAAUUUUUGUUCCUUCACCAGAUCUAAAAUUUACCUUCUUGUUGUACAUGUUUUGUCAGAUAUCGUCGUAAACUUCGUGGCCCUGUGUC